AUGGCCGCUACAUCUAACUCCGGCGAAGAUCCGACUCUCUCUUCUUACCACCGAUCUCCUUUCCGUUUCGAACUACUCGACUCUCUACCUCCUGAUCCGCUCUACUCUUCCACCACUCCUUCUUCCACAAAUCGACCUUUCUCCGUCUCUGACCAGCUUCCGUUACGCCCCAAUGCACAAUCUCCUAAUAUCCCACCUCACUGGGACGACUCUUACACUCUAAUUACCCAGAAAGUUCAGAAGAGUAGAAAGAAUCAUCGUAUCCAGCUUGGAUCCGUUCCUCAUAUGUCUGGAGAAACCAAAGAAAUGCCUAAAUUUAUAGUGAAGCAAGAGUUUCCUCAAGAUGUUAAACGUGUGGGGAACAAGUCAAUGGUUACUAAACAGUCAAAGGCUGGAUUUAGAAAAGAAGCACACACUGGUGUCCCGAAUGGUGGUAAUAAUUGCCGUUAUGACAGUUCUCUAGGGUUAUUGACAAAGAAAUUCGUCAGGUUAAUCCAAGAAGCUGAGGAUGGAACACUUGAUCUUAACCGUUGUGCAGAUGUUUUGGAGGUGCAAAAAAGAAGGAUAUAUGAUAUUACAAAUGUACUUGAAGGAAUUGGGUUGAUAGAGAAAACUACAAAGAACCAUAUCCGCUGGAAGGGUGCUGAAAAUCUUGGACAGAUAGACCUGGGAGAUCAAAUCUCAAGGCUUAAGUCAGAGGUGGAAAGUUUGCAAUCUGAGGAAAGCAGAUUGGAUGAUCUUAUAAGGGAAAGACAAGAAGCUCUCAGAUCCUUGGAGGAAGAUGAAAAUUGUCGAAGGUACAUGUAUAUGACCGAAGAAGAUAUAACGAGCCUCCCACACUUUCAGAACCAGACACUACUGGCAAUUAAAGCUCCUACAGCUAGUUACAUUGAAGUUCCAGAUCCUGAUGAGGUGAUGAGUUUUCCGCAAAGACAAUACAGGAUGGUGAUUAGGAGUAGAAUGGGGCCGAUUGAUGUGUACCUUUUAAGCAAAUACAAAGGAGACAGUGCGGAAACAAGUGACCGGUCGGGUCAUGAGUCAGAUCAAAAUGCAGCAUUUGGAGUAGACACUCCUUCCUUGAAAAUAGUAACUUCAGAUACUGAUUUAAAAGCAGAUUACUGGUUCGAGUCAGAUGCAGAGGUGAGCCUCACAGAUUUAUGGAGCAACUUAAGUUAUUGA